CCUCUACGCUCGCCAUCGUCCGGGACAACACAGACACUUCGAUGCACUCGCAUGAAGAGUCUGGACAGCGGAGGAAUCGGGGAAUUGCAUUGCUCCACGACGCGUUUCUUUCACAGGGCCAGCGGCAGGGAGACCAUGUACAGCCCCCUCAGUCCCAAGCUGCAGCAGAGCCCUGGGCUCACGGACGUGCACCUCUACGGCCAGUGGCUGGCCAGCCGCCACGAGGCCAGCCUGCUGCCCAUGAAAGAGGACCUGGCACUCUGGCUCACACGCAUGCUGGGCCAGGAGAUCACAGCUGAGAGCUUUAUGGACCAGCUUGACAACGGCUACCUGCUGUGCCAGCUGGCCGAGACCCUGCAGGAGAAGUUUCAAGAGAGCAGUGGCAAGAUCUCUCACUCUGGCAAGCCCCUCCCGAGACGAAAGAUCCCCUGUCGGGCAAGCGCCCCUGCUGGCUCCUUUUUCGCCCGAGACAACACUGCCAACUUCCUGUCCUGGUGCCGGCAGGUGGGGGUGGGAGAAUCCUUCCUUUUUGAGUCCGAGGAUUUGGUUCUGCACAAACAGCCACGAGAGGUGUGCCUCUGCCUCCUGGAACUUGGGAGGAUCGCAUCCAGACACAGGGUGGAGCCGCCAGGCCUGAUCCAGCUGGAGAAGGAGAUUGAGCAGGAGGAGAAAGCACCUGAUCCCCCAUCAUCACCCCGGUCCCCCUCGCCCACCAAAACAUCAGGCAGGAAGAGCAUCGGGAAGCUGCUGGAUGAUGCGGUGCAACACAUUGCUGAAGAUCCUCCCUGCAAGUGUCCCAACAGAUUCUGUGUGGAGCGGCAGUCCCAGGGCCGCUACCGCGUGGGCGAGAAGAUCCUCUUCAUACGGAUGCUGCACAAUAAGCACGUGAUGGUUCGGGUCGGGGGAGGCUGGGAGACCUUCGAGAGCUACCUGCUGAAGCACGACCCCUGUCGCAUGCUGCAGAUCUCCCGGCUGGAGGGGAAGACCUCCCCAGUGGCCAGCAAGCCGCCCGGCAUCAAGGACCUCAGCCCCGACAGCUACCUGGUGGUGGCCGCUCACUACCGGAGCAAGAAGUGAAGGAAAAACUGUCCGUACAGAUACCCAACGGUCAAUUUACACCAUAGCCAAGUGACAGUUUGGCCCAAAAUUCAAACUUCUGUUUCUGAGCCCAUGACGGGCCGUAAAUGCUGCAGAUAUCAUUCAGUAAACUGGAAUUAGGUCUCGCCUCAGUAGGCUUUAUGUUCGUCGUGUUGUGUAGUUAUUGCAGUACCUGGUUGGAGUAUCAGUAUCCUUGACAUUUUGAGUAGUGGAACUGAGGUGGAAGGGACUCUUAUGUGUCAAUGGUAAAAUGCUUAACUGCACAUUUCUUACCCUUUCAAGAUAACUGGUAUGACUGUCUCACACAGCCAGGAAUUACGUUCAGCUGUGUUGUUCUUUUUUGUAAACAUUUUACUUAGAAGCCUUUAAUAUAGACUUGUGUUCCUUGGAUUACUCAGUUUAAAGACUAGCUGAAACAGAAGUUAGAGCAGCACUGGCUUCAGUGACACACGAGUGAAACGGAUCUUUUGCGGGGAUUUUUGAUGGGCGGGGAGUCGAUUUGACUGAUGCCAGAUGAGGAGGGGGGACGUCAAAUGAGGAUGCACGCCGCUGUGUGAAAAGGAUUGUGAUUGGAAGGGAAUGGAAACUGAUUCACGCCCACUGGCACAUGAGGCUGUAAAAUAUCAUUUUCCAGGAAGUGGACGAAAAAAAACUAAAGUAUUCCAAUUUUAUAAAUUGUGUUGACACUUAAGACAUGUUUGUAUGGUUGUGAAGAAUUAACUAAAUUGAGGAAAAAUUGAAAAAGAAAACGGAAGGUCUGUGUAUGUUUCUUUAUAUUUCUUUUAUUAAGAAUGAAGAAUUAAGAAGAAUUUAAGAAAUGUUCUGUGAAUGUGAUGAUGCAUGGCACCUUGCAUUGACUAAAAAGCAACAACUGUUGUGGGGGCAUUUCUAUUUUUUGUUUUUGUACUAUAUGCUGGGUUAUUCUGUCUACAGAUACUGAGAUGGGCCAGGAACACACAGUGCCCUGUACUGAGGUAUGGUGCAUUCUCAGAGAUAUCCAUGUGGGGUCGCUGUCUGUGCCUCCCAUGGGACCUGAUCUAGACAGUUGUUCUGCAGACAUUGCUACACUUGUGGCAAUAUGUUUCCAUAAAAUCGGUGUCAAUUAAACGAGAAGUACAAUAAACAACACGGUUUGUGGUCUGAAGUAUUGUGUUGACAGACCAGUGGGAAUGCUAGAAUAAUACUGAAUCAAGGCUGAUAUUAAGUGCCUUGGGUGAAGCAUGCUGUAGAACAAUAAAAGUACCAAGAGGUACUUUUUUCAGAGGGUUCAAUAUGAAAUGCAGUUGCUGAUAAAUGUACAGAGAAUAGUAAUCUAUGCAAUGUUCUUGUCAUGUACAGACUACAGCUCAACCUUUGGUUUGAAGUUGAAGGAAAAAUUUAUUGGACCAAUAACCAUUGUGAAUGGAGCUAACACUGUGUGCAUUGAAACAAGACAAUCAAAUGUAUUUCCAGUCAUUCAAAUGUGUUUAUACGAUCACAUUUUGCUCACAUUUCUUUAUGGUUUUUUUGCUAAAUGUUUUACUUUUAUUUCUAUUUCUAAAAUGUAUGUACCAGUUACUUUUGAAUUUAAGAGUAAAGAAAACUAUUUUCCCAUUUUAACUUGCUUUAAUUGUAUGGUGCCCACUGUGCACAUACAUAGGAGAUACUGUAAAGACCCCCAUCUGUAACUGUUUUUCCUACUUUUGGUAGGUUUUGAAAUUUGUUGUGUUAAAAUAAAUGAAUAAACAGAAAA